AUGACUGAAGUCCAGAAGAUGGAGGAUUGUGUGGAGAAAGAGAAGAAGAGACCAGAGUCUCCAGGAUCCAUCAGUGUCUCUAUGAAGAGUGACUGGUCCAAACAUGAACCUCUAAACUUCAGUGAAGAACCUGGACCUUCAGGCACAAAAGGUCGGUACUGCAGUCAGAGACCAGAGUCUCCAGGAUCCAUCGGUCUGUCUCUGAAGAGUGACCGGUCCAUGGACCACCCUUUCGUCUUCAGGUCUAAAGAUCCUCCUCUACUCUUCAGUAAAGAACCUGGACCCUCAGACACAAGACGGAGCUCAGACCAGUCGACUUCAUCGGAAUAUCUGGGAUCCAGAGCAAGUUCUCCACAAGCAGAUGCUGGUCUGCAGGAGGUCCUAGAUGAACAUAAGACCAGUCUGAGGAGGAGAUGUGAACAUGUGACUGAAGGAACUGAUGAACCAGGAAGUAGAACCCCCCUCAACAGGAUCUACACGGAGCUCUUCAUCACAGAGGGACUGAGUGAAGAGGUUGAUACCCAACAUGAGGUGAGGCAGCUGGAGACAGCUUCCAGGAUGAAGAGCCUCCAUGACGCUCCAAUCAGGUGCCAGGACAUCUUUAAAGCCUUACCUGGCCAACGUGGAGCCAUCAGAGUGGUUCUGACCAACGGCGUCGCUGGCGCUGGGAAAACCUUCUCGGUUCAGAAGUUCUCUCUGGACUGGGCCGAGGGCUGGGAGAACCAAGACGUCACCGUGGUGAUUCUGCUCUCGUUCAGGGAGCUGCACCUGAUCGGAGAUGAGCAGCUCAGUCUUCUCAGGCUGAUCCAGGUUUUCCAUCCAUCGUUCCAGAAGCUCACAGCAGAGCAGCUGGCUGCUGGGAAACCGUUGUUCAUCUUUGACGGCCUGGAUGAAAGCAGACGUUCCCUGGACUUCAACAACGGUCCGGUGGUGUCUGACGUCACACAGAGCUCAUCGGUCAACGUGCUGCUGACCAACCUCAUCCAGGGGAACCUGCUUCCCUCAGCUCUCAUCUGGAUCACUUCCAGACCUGCAGCAGCCAAUCAGAUCCCUCACAAACACGUGGACAGGCUGACAGAAGUACGAGGCUUCACCGACGAACAGAAGGAGGAAUACUUCAGGAGGAGGUUCAGGGAUGAAGAGCGGUCCAGCAGCAUCGUCUCCCACAUGAAGACAUCCAGAACCCUCCACAUCAUGUGUCAACUCCCGGUCUUCUGCUGGAUCACUGCUACAGUUCUGGACCACAUGUUGACCACAGAGCAGAGAGGAGAGCUGCCCAAGACCCUGACUGACAUGUUCUCCCACUUCCUGCUGGUCCAGACGAAGAGGAAGAAGAACAAGUACCCGGAGGGACAUGAGACGAGUCCACAGGAGCUGACGGAGGCUGACAGGGACCUUCUCCUGAAGCUGGGGAGGCUGGCGUUUGAGCAUCUGGAGAAAGGAAACAUCAUGUUCUACCAAGAAGACCUGGAGCAAAACACAGAUGUGCUGGAGAACUUUCUGGGAGAAGACUACAGAUACUCAUCUAUGGGUGACUUCCUGAAGAGAGUCAUGCAGAAAUCCCUGGAGAGUGAAAAUGGCCACCUGGACCUGUUUGUCCGCUUCCUUUAUGGUCUUUCUGUGGAGUCCAACCAGAGACUGUUAGGAGGUCUGCUGAACCAGACGGAGAACGAUCCAGGAACCAUCCAGACAGUCAUCAACAACCUGAAGAAGAUGAACACUGAUGAAAUCUCUCCUGAGAGAAGCAUCAACAUGUUCCAGUGUCUGAUGGAGAUGAACGACCUCUCAGUUCAUCAGAAGAUCCAACAGUUCCUGAAGUCAGAGAACAGAUCAGAGGAGAAGCUCUCUGGGAUCCAGUGUUCAGCUCUGGCCUACAUGCUGCAGAUGUCGGAGGAGGUUCUGGAUGAGUUGGACCUGAACAAGUACAACACAACACAAGGGGGUCGAUGGAGACUGAUUCCAGCUGUGAGGAACUGCAGAAAGGCUCGAUUUGUUGGUUGUGGACUCUCAGAGAUUCACUGUGAAGUUGUUGCGUCCACUCUGAAGUCCAACCCCUCCCAUCUGACAGAACUGGACCUGAGUUGGAACCACCUGGAUGAUUCAAGAGUGAAGGUUCUGUCUGGUGGACUGGAGAGUCCAAACUGUAGACUGGAGACUCUCAGGUUGGAGGACUGCAGUCUGUCAGAGAUCAGCUGUUCUUCUCUGGGCCCAGCUCUGAAGUCCAACCCCUCCCACCUGAAACUUCUGGACCUGAGUGACAACAACAACCUGCAGGAUUCAGGAGUGAAACAUCUGAGUGGUUUUCUGGAGAGUCCAGACUGCAGACUGGAGACUCUGAGGUUGGUGUGCUGCAGUUUGUCAAAGAUCAGCUGUUCUUCUCUGGUGUCAGCUAUGAAGUCCAACCCCUCCCAUCUAAAACAUCUGGACCUGAGAGGGAACGACCUGCAGGCUGUGGAUGUGGAGCAGCUGUCUGAUCUGGUGCAGAGUCCAGACUACCAGCUGCAGACUCUCAGGAAUUCCACAUGUUGGUUGUCAAAGAUCAGCUGUUCUUCUCUGGUCUCAGCUUUGAAGUCCAACCCCUCCCAUCUGAAAAUUCUGGACCUGAGUAACAAGAACCUGCAGGAUUCAGGAGGGAAGCAGCUUUCUGAUCUGGUGGAGAGUCCAGACUACCAGCUGCAGACUCUCAGAUUGGUGGAAUGCAGGUUGUCAAAGAUUAGCUGUUCUUCUCUGGUCUCAGCUUUGAAGUCCAACCCCUCCCAUCUGAAUUUUCUGGACCUGAGUAACAAGAACCUGCAGGAUUCAGGAGGGAAGCAGCUUUCUGAUCUGGUGGAGAGUCCAGACUACCAGCUGCAG